AUGUUGCCUGCGGCUGCUAGGCCACAUGGCAGCUUGCACACAUGUGGUCAAGCAUACCAGACUGAGACUCAGGACUCUGCAGGCUUGGCUCGCCCGUGUCUACCGCCCAGGCAGGAAGCCCUAGACUUGAUAGUGACAGCCCCGGGGGACGUGCUGUACUCCCUGAUGUGGUGGCAGUCCCAGACUGUGGUUUGUGAAGGCAUUCCCUUUGCCGCACGACAGCCGGACUUGAUGCUGGAUCCUGAACUUGACCAGCUCAGGGUCACUGUUGCCCAGGUUGUCACCCACUUCUACUUCCCCUACCAAUUCUUCCCUGUUUGUGAGCAGCAGGUCAAGAGGAGCAUGGCCCCUCGUUGGUUCCUCCAGCACUUGCACCAAGAAGUUGUCCCCAACGCUCUCCAAAAAACUUCCUGGAUUGUCUGUGCACUGCUGUAUUUCUCUCCCAGCAGAUGUCAGGGCUCAGCAGAAGGUUUGGGGAAAAUAAUUCAGAGGUUUCCUCAGAAGGAUUGGGAUGACACUCCCUUUCCACAGGGAAUAGAGUUGUUUUGUCAGCCUGGAGGAUGGCAGUUGUCCAGAGAGAGAAAGCAGCCUACAUUCUUUGUGGUGGUUUUGACCGAUAUAGACUCAGAACGGCACUACUGUUCAUGCUUAACUUUCUAUGAAGCAGAGAUCAACCUGCAGGGAACAAAAGAGACUGAAGGUGAAGAAGAGGAGUCUGGUUUAAUUCAGCCUGCUGAAGUAUUUGCUCCCAAAAGCCUGGUGGUGGUGUCCAGACUAGAUUAUCCAGAAAUUUUCAGGGCUUGCCUUGGCUUGAUCUACACUGUGCAUGUGGACAGCCUGAAUGUGUCCUUGGAGAGUCUCAUUGCAAAUCUCUGUUCAUGCCUUGUCCCUGCGGCCGGAGGCUCUCAGAAAUUGUUUUCAUUGGGAGCAGGAGACAGACAGCUGAUACAAACCCCUUUACAUGAUAGCCUUCCUGUUACCAGUACCAGUGUGGCUCUUCUUUUUCAGCAAUUGGGAAUCCAAAAUGUGCUGAGCUUGUUCUGUGCGGUCCUUACAGAAAAUAAGGUUCUCUUUCACUCUGCAAGUUUUCAGAGGCUCAGUGAUGCCUGUAGAGCACUGGAGUCUUUAAUGUUUCCUCUCAAAUAUAGUUAUCCCUAUAUUCCAAUUCUCCCUGCACAGCUGCUAGAAGUUCUCAGUUCACCAACGCCUUUCAUUAUUGGUGUACAUUCCAUCUUUUGUGCUGACAUUCAUGAGCUUUUGGAUGUAAUUAUAGCAGACCUGGAUGGAGGCACAAUUAAAAUUCCUGAAUGUAUUCAUCUAUCUCAGCUCCCAGAGCCACUGCUACAUCAAACUCAAACAGCUCUUUCUUUAGUUUUACACCCCGAUUUGGAAACGGCAGAUUAUGCAUUCCCUCCACCACGAACAGGUUUAUCGCACUCAAAAAUGCUGGAUAAAGAAGUACGAGCAAUUUUCCUGAGAUUGUUUGCACAACUUUUCCAAGGAUACAGGUCAUGCCUUCAGCUGAUCAGAAUUCAUGCUGAACCAGUUAUACAUUUUCACAAGGCGGCCUUUUUGGGCCAGCGAGGCUUGAUUGAGAAUGACUUUCUCACCAAAAUUCUCAAUGGAAUGUCAUUUGCUGGUUUUGUAUCUGAGAGAGGUCCUCCCUACAGAUCCUGUGAUCUCUUUGAUGAGUUGGUAGCUUUUGAAGUGGAAAGAAUUAAAGCUGAGGAAGGUAAUCCACCAAAAAUGAUGAGGCACGUCAGAGAGCUUGCAGAACAGCUGUUCAAAAAUGAGAAUCCAAAUCCUCACAUGGCAUUCCAGAAAGUUCCACGGCCCACGGAGGGAUCCCAUUUACGAGUUCAUAUCCUUCCUUUCCCCAAAAUUAAUGACAGCCGGGUUCAGGAGCUAAUUCAAGAAGGCCUGGCUAAGAACCAAAGUGCACCACCUGCUACUCGGGUAGAAAAAAAGUGUGUAGUUCCUGCUGGUCCUCCUGUUGUUUCCAUAAUGGAAAAGGCCAGUACAGUUUUCAACAGUGCACAGAGGCUGGAAGUUGUUAGAAACUGCAUCUCAUUCAUAUUUGAAAAUAAAAAUUUGGAGACUGAAAAGACUCUGCCCGCUGCGUUGAGGGCACUAAAAGGAAAGGCAGCUCGACAGUGCCUCACACAGGAGCUAAGCCUGCAUGUUCAGCAAAAUCGGGCAAUACUGGACCACCAGCAGUUUGAUUACAUAGUGCGGAUGAUGAACUGUACUUUACAGGAUUGUUCAACUUCAGAAGAAUACAGCAUUGCUGCAGCAUUACUGCCCCUGACAACUGCAUUCUACAGAAAACUGGCACCUGGAGUUAGUCAGUUUGCUUACACCUGUGUACAAGACCACUCUAUAUGGACUAACCAACAGUUUUGGGAAACCACAUUUUAUAGUGAUGUGCAAAAUCAAGUUCGUUCCCUCUAUCUCACAGCUAGGGAAGACAAUCAUACAAUACGUUUGAAGCAAAAGGAGAAAAAUUCUGUAGGUCUGGACCAGGAAAAAACAGCCAUGGACCUGGCUGCUGAGCAGUUGCGUUUAUGGCCAACACUCAAUAAAGAAACUCAGCAGGAGCUAAUACAGAAUGAGGAAAGUACAGUUUUCAGUCAGGCAAUUCAUUUUGCUAACCUCAUGGUCUACCUGCUAGUGCCACUGGACACAAGUAAAAACAAACUAUUGAGAACAUCAGCUACAGGAGACUGGGAGAGUGGAAGCAACAGCAUUGUCACAAAUAGUAUUGCCGGCAGUGUUGCAGAGAGCUAUGACACCGAAAGUGGGUUUGAAGACUCUGAGAACAAUGAUAUUGCCAAUGCAGUUGUGCGCUUCAUCACCAGGUUUAUAGACAAAGUAUGUACAGAGAGUGGAGUUACACAGGAUCACAUCAAGAGCCUUCAUUGCAUGAUACCAGGGAUUGUAGCAAUGCACAUUGAGACUCUGGAGGCCGUCCAUCGAGAGAGUAGAAGACUACCACCAAUACAGAAGCCUAAGAUUCUGCGACCAGCUUUGCUGCCAGGAGAAGAGUUUGUGUGUGAUGGUCUCCGUGUGCUGCUGGAUCCUGAUGGGAGAGAGGAAGCAACAGGAGGAUUGCUCGGAGGUCCCCAUAUUCUCCCAGCAGAAGGAGCUUUGUUCCUUACCACAUACAGAAUUAUAUUUAAAGGCACUCCUCAUGAUCAAUUAGCUGGAGAACAGACAGUGAUCCGGAGCUUUCCCAUAGCAUCUAUUAUGAAGGAGAAGAAGAUUACAAUACAGAACCAGCUGCAACAGAAUAUGCAGGAAGGACUGCAGAUCACCUCAGCAUCAUUUCAGUUAAUUAAAGUAGCAUUUGAUGAGGAAGUGAGUCCUGAAGUGGUAGAAAUAUUUAGGAAACAGCUAAUGAAGUUCCGUUAUCCCCAGUCCAUCUUUAGCACCUUUGCUUUUGCAGCUGGGCAAACUGCACCGCAGAUAAUCUUGCCAAAGCAAAAAGAAAAGAACACUUCCUUUCGCACCUUCUCAAAAACAAUUGUGAAAGGAGCCAAACGUGCAGGGAAGAUGACAAUUGGUCGUCAAUACUUAUUAAAGAAGAAGACAGGCACAAUAGUGGAAGAAAGAGGGAAUCGUCCAGGCUGGAAUGAAGAUGAUGAUAUUUCUGUUUCAGAUGACAGUGAAUUGCACACAAGUGGUACUUUGAAAGCCUCAGAAAAGUCAACAAUGGAGCAGUUAGUAGAGAGAGCCUGUUUUAGAGACUAUCAGCGUUUGGGACUGGGGACCAUCAGUAGUAGCUCUUCUCGCUCCAAAACAGAAUACUUCCGAAUAACUGCAUUGAACAGGAUGUAUUCACUUUGUAGAAGCUAUCCUGGACUUUUGGUAGUACCUCAGUCUGUGCAGGACAGCAGUUUGCAGAGGGUAGCUCGUUGUUAUCGUCACAAUCGUCUGCCAGUUGUCUGCUGGAAAAACUCAAAAAUCAGUACUCUGCUGCUAAGAGCUGGGGGCUUCCAUGGAAAGGGAGUUGUCGGCCUCUUCAAAUCUCAAAACACACAUACUGCAGUUCCUCCUAAUUUAGAAUCUUCAAGCAGCAUAGAACAGGAGAAAUAUCUGCAAGCCUUACUGAAUGCAAUUUCCAUCCACUGUAAAAUGAAUGGCAGUAAUACUCUUACUGUAAGGCCAACAAUUGCUUUGUCUCCAGGCACUGAAAGGAGGGCUUCAAGAAUGUCCACUGUGGUUAAGCAGGUAGUGCCAGGACAUUUGGAUGUAAAUCUAUCCAAUAGCUUUGCUCGAGGAGUGCUUGGGUACAGAGAUAAAUGUUUCACUCAGUCAAAUUCCAAAUCAGCAGCUAAGGGAAGAGUCCAUCAAGGUGUAUGGGCAAGUCUUCGUUCUAGCAAUCGAUUUAUCAGCACUCAGGCGCCAUUCAUUGAUGUCGGUGCAAGACUAGCAGGGAAAGAUAACACAGCGUCAUACAGUAACAGUUCAUUUUUGCAAAACCAGCUUCUGAAACGCCAAGCUGCCCUCUACAUAUUCGGAGAAAAAUCUCAGUUAAGGGGCUUCAAACUUGAUUUUGCUUUGAAUUGUGAAUUUGUUGCUGUUGAGUUCAGUGACAUCCGACAGGUGAAAACUAGUUUUAAAAAGAUGAUGAGGGUUUGUGUUCCCAGUACUAUUCCUACAGAUUCUGAAGUAACAUUCCUUAAGGCACUUGGUGAAUCAGAGUGGUUCCCACAGCUUCACAGGAUAAUGCAGUUGGGUGUGGUGAUAUCAGAGCUCCUUGAGAAUGGUUCUUCAGUUAUGGUUUGUUUGGAAGAUGGUUGGGAUAUUACUGCACAGGUGGUGUCUCUGGUGCAAUUACUCAGUGAUCCAUUCUACAGGACACUUGAAGGCUUCCAAAUGUUAGUGGAAAAAGAAUGGCUCUCUUUUGGUCAUAAGUUCAAUCAGCGUAGUAAUGUGACCCUCAGUUGUCAGGGUAGUGGAUUUGCUCCCAUUUUCUUACAGUUCCUGGACUGUGUGCAUCAGAUUCACAACCAGUAUCCAACAGAGUUUGAAUUCAAUCAAUAUUUCUUGAAGUUCUUAGCUUUCCACUACGUUUCAAAUAGAUUUAAAACAUUUCUUCUGGAUUCAGACUAUGAAAGACUAGAACAUGGGACAUUGUUUGAAGAUAAAGGAGACAGGCAUGCCAAAAAGGGAAUCUGUAUUUGGGAAUGUAUUGAAAAAAUGCACAAAAGGAGCCCCAUUUUCUUCAAUUACCUAUAUGCACCUGUUGAAACAGAGGCAUUAAAACCAAGUGUAAAUAUGUCCAGCCUGAAAACGUGGGAUUACUAUAUGGAAGAGACCUUGGCCACAGGUCCUUCCUAUGAUUGGACCAUGGUUACUGCAAAAUGCAACACUUCAGAGGAAGUUGACCAAAUGGAUGGUUCAUUUCCCCAAAGUAGGAGGAAAAUAGUGUGGCCAUGCUAUGAUGAUGUUAGCAAAGUGCAACCUGAUGCAAUCACGAGCCUCUUAAAUGAAAUCGAAAGACUGGAGAAUAAAUUAAAUCAGAGCCCAGAAAGGUGGCAGCUCUUGUGGGAAAGGGUCACCGUGAAUCUUAAAGAUGACACAAGACAAGACAAUCCACGAAGACAUCCUUCUGGCUCAUCAGGGAUAAUGUCUACUAAUCCACAUUCCUAUCAGAAGAGGUCUUUGCUGCAUUUACCGGACAGUGGUCUGGGUGAAGAACAAAGUGCCAGCAUCUCUCCCUCUAAUGGAGUGGACAGACGAGCAACCACACUAUACAAUCAGUUCACAUCAAAGAAUGAUGAGAAUAGGUCUUUUGAAGGUACGCUUUACAAAAGAGGAGCUUUGUUAAAAGGUUGGAAACCUCGCUGGUUUGUACUGGAUGUGACAAAACACCAGCUGAGGUAUUAUGAUUCUGGCGAGGACACAAGCUGCAAGGGACACAUUGAUCUUGCAGAAGUCGAAACAGUAAUUCCUGCAUCUCCAACAAUUGGCGCACCAAAGCAUGCUAGUGAAAAAGCAUUUUUUGAUCUGAAGACAAGUAAACGUGUGUAUAAUUUCUGUGCCCAAGAUGCACAGAGCGCACAGCAAUGGAUGGACAGGAUCCAGAGCUGUAUUUCAGAUGCAUAA